CACAAUGUCGAUCCCCACCGUCACGCUCGUCUCUGGCAUCAAGGUGCCGCGCCUCGCCUUCGGCGUCGGCACCGCGCUCUACAAGUCCGACUGCUCGCAGCAGGUCGAGACGGCCAUCAACGCUGGCUUCACGCAUCUUGACCACGCCGAGGUGUAUGCCAACAGCGAGGCGUCGGGUCGCGCCAUCGGCAAGCACCUCGACGGCGGCGCGGCGCGCGAGUCGCUCUUCAUCCUCACCAAGCUCAUGCAGCGCGGCAUUCCCGAUCCCAUGGGCGAGACGCAGCGCGAGGUCGAGCUGCUGCAGUGCAAGGGCUACGCCGACGCCGUGCUGCUGCACCGCCCGCCGCGCGGCGAGAACGGCCUGCCGAGCAACGUCGACGCGUGGAAGCUGCUCGAGGCGGUCAAGGACAAGGGCCUGGCGCGCGUCAUCGGCGUGUCGAACUGGAUGGCGUCGGACAUUGAGGAGGUCAUCGCCUCGAAGCCCAAGCACCCCAUCGAGAUCAACCAGAUCGAACUUAACCCGUCGCUCUAUCACCACCCCGAGUACCAGUCUCUGCUCAAGGUGCACGAGCGCGAGAACAUCAAGGCGAUGGUCUACGGCAGCCUCACGUCGCUCUACAAGGACCCCGAGCGCAAUGCGGCGCUCAACAAGGCGCUCGAGGAGGUCGCGGCCAAGCACAGCACGUCGCCCGCGGCCGUGCUGCAGGCGUGGACGUACGCGCGCACCGACGGCAUUGUCGUGACGACGACAAGCAAGGAGACGCGUGCGCGCGAGUACGUCGCCGACGCCGCCAAGCUUGCGCAGCUGAGCGAGCAGGACCUCGGCGCCAUCGAGGAGGCGUCGCGCCAAGGCCCGCCGCUCAAGUACUACAUGACCGACGUCUUUGACCCGAGCAAGUGAGGCGGCGCGCGCCG